AUGCGCCUUCGUCGAUUUCGUUCGUGUGUAAACAUUCGUGACACCCUACCGGACAAAUCAACAUUUGUCGCUCGGUAUAUCUCCCUGAUCGAUGUAGAACCGAUGCCUAAUGGUGAACAACGAGAGCAACGCGAACCACACCAACCACAAAAGCAACAACAGCAACAACAAGCAAAACGCAACGGCGCUCCGCUCAGUCGAUCUACUUGCAAUCUGCGAACAGUGCCCAGUUCAAAUCCCACCAGUGCCUUUGAUGGUGACUAUGCGGCCACAAUGCGGGUGUCGAAAACCAAUAGUUUCAAAAUCCAUACAUCCGAAAACAAUCGAGGUGGCACCGGUCGGUUGAAUGGUGGUCAUAUGUCUCGUGCCCCGCUGGACCACAGUUGGCUCUCGUCGCAUUCACAUCAGCCGGAAAACGGAUCAGAUACUGCAUCAAUAUUCAGUACGAAUUCUUCCAUUCGCGGUCUUCAUCCAUCUAAUAGUUUCACCUCAGCGACCAGUCAUUUGCAGAUGUUAAUCAAUGGACAAGGAAGCAUUCUAGAUUUGGACACCACCAAUUUGCCUCGAGUAGUUGUGCUGCAGAAAGGGCCGCGAGGAUUCGGGUUUGUGGUUCGUGGGCGACGGGGUGUUCCAGGAGAAUUUCAACCCACAUUAGAAGUACCAGCAUUACAAUAUUUGGAGAAGGUAGAAGCGGGGAGUGCUGCUGAUCGUGCAGGCUUAAAAUCGGGUGAUUUCAUUUUGGAGGUAAAUGAAGUGCUGUUUGUGUUCCUUUUGCUGUUUUACGUCUACUCAAAAUGUUGGCCGAAUGCUCCAUACGACUUAUCAUCAUCAUGA